UUCAAAGUUUGUGAAACCUGAGACUCCGGGCUUGACGUCUUCUUGCAGAUAUAUUCACCAUCAAGUACGUCGUGAUCUCUUGCUAGCACAAUGUUUUUCAAGGCAAAUGGACAGUCCGACGACAACAGCCCUGGUAUCCGUAAAGGAGGAAAUAGUCGAUGUCGUUACCGAGGUCAGACGAGUACCGAUACGUGACAACGAGGCUGAGAAAGAUGAACGCAAUAGCGCGGCUUCACAAACGCCUUUUCGAAAGCUAUCUACUGAGCAAAAACUCCUGGCCAUCGUACGACAAAGCGUCAAACCCUUCUCAGACCGUCUGGAUCCUUUUGCUGCCUUGCCCGUCAACCUUGAUCGUUUGCAGGAGCAUCUGGUCAGUUUCUACCUCUUGUACUAUCCCAAAGCUACGUAUGGUUUCAGUCCACGACUUCGUCCACAUCCGGUGGCCAGCAAUUUUUCCAUUGCUUUGACGACUCCGGCAUGUUUUCAGGUCAUCCUUGCCCGGUCCGCGUUGUAUCGGAUAUCUCUCAAAAAGUAUGCAUCUGACGGCGAAAAAGAUGCCCUCGAUUUAGCAGUGAUCAGGCACAAAGGAGAAGCCUUGCGAAUGAUCCGCUCUCUGAGCGUCAAAGCGAGUCCAAAUCGAAAAGACGACCUCCUGGCUUCCAUCAUCAGUCUGGGCACCUUCGACCGGCGGAACGGUGCAAAAGAUGCGUCCGGUGUGCACUAUUCGGCAGUUAGGAGGAUUCUCAAGACCACAGGUGGUCCACUCGCAGUCACUUCAGUCCUGCUGUCAAGAGUCAUGUGUUUCUUCGAAUGCAUCUAUGGCACCAGUCCGGAAAGCUAUAUCUGGGACGAAUCAGACCUAAAGCACUUGAUCAGUGGGCUCAACGGCUUCCUCACGAAGCUGUGGGGCCUUUGGCAGUCACUCUCGAGCAUCCAUGAGCUCACACCACUGUCGGCUGAGGACUCGGAGUCAGCACCCAUCCAUUCCUUUGGUCUGCAACCGGGGUCGGGACUUCUGUCUAUACUCGAGACGCAACCGCCGUCAGACGCCGAACUCACGCAGCAACUGCGACUUGAGAUGAUUUUCCAGGUGACAUGUUUGCUCACUCUCGGGACGAUUACACUGGAUUAUGCUCACGACUUCCGGACCUUGCAGCAGUACAUGGACAGCAUCCAUAAACAGAUCGAUGACCUCCACUUGGCAGGGCAGAGCUGUAAUAACGCAAUGUGGACAAUCCAGGUCAAUGACCACAGCGACGCUCACAGUCGAAGGAUAUGGCGAGCAGCAUCUUUCGCCUGGGUACUCAAACAUGUCUCAUACACUGUUCAGUUGAGCCUCAAGGAAUGGCUCCUGACCUUUUUCAAGGGGCAACCUGUGGUGGACAAGAGGUAUCGUCUGGACCCUUUUCAUUUCAGUUACGCCAACUGAAGAGAGAUAGCAGUAGUCAUAUCCUUGGACAGACGUCAAUUGGAUUGCAUUCUGCUGUCAGGAAUAAAUCUAGUCAGCUUCUCGCAUCGCAUGUGGAGGAGUUCCUGCGUGACUUUGGAACAU